AUGCGUUCAAGAACUGGCUCAGGGGUCCGAUUAGACCGAAUCCUGUUUAUGGUUGAUCAAACCAUUUGCAAAUAUCAAAAUGCUAUAACGGGACUGUUUGCCAACCAAAAGGAUUUUCCAGGGCACGCAUGGAUUCGCGAUAAUGUUUACGUAAUCCACUCCCUUUGGGCUCUUUAUCGUGCGUAUAUGAAAUGCGCGGAAUUCGACGAAGACCUCACAAAAGCUAAUGAGUUAGGUCUCACAUGCAUUAAAAUGAUGCAGUCCCUUUUGGAAUGCAUGAUGCGCCAAGCGGAUAAAGUGGAAAUGUUCAAAAAAUAUCAGCGACCAGUAGACGCACUCCACUCGAAGUUUUCAGUUUCUACAAAGAGUACGGUUUGCGGCGAUACCGAGUGGGGUCAUCUUCAAAUAGAUGCCAUCUCCCUAUUUCUGCUUACCCUCGCACAGAUCACCGCCUCAGGUCUUCAAGUGGUGCGUAACUUCGAUGAAGUGGCCUUCAUUCAAAACCUCGUGUAUUACAUUGAAACUGGAUACCGCACUCCGGAUUUUGGCAUUUGGGAACGUGGAGAUAAGACAAACCAGGGAAUAAGAGAACUUAAUGCGAGCUCCAUUGGCAUGGUUAAAGCAGCUUUGCAGGCUUUGAAUGAUGUCGGUGACUUGUUUGGAGAUGGUUCUCGACGAUCCGCCAUACAUGUCUUACCCGAUGAGAUUGAGCAGUGUUCUGCGGUUCUUAGCAGCAUGCUUCCAAGAGAAUCGUUCAGUAAGGAGACGGACGCGGCGUUGCUAACGAUAAUCUCGUAUCCCGGUUUCGCCGUGGAGGAUGCUGAGUUGGUGGAACAAACUAGGGACACAAUUACUACGAAACUGUUGGGAAAGUAUGGAUGCAGGCGUUUCCUGCGGGAUGGGUACAAAACAGCCCUUGAGGAUCCUUAUCGUUUGUACUACAACAAGUCGGAACUACAGCAGUUCGAGAACAUCGAAUGUGAAUGGCCUCUAUUCCUUUGUCUUCUUAUGUUAGAUGCCAUGUAUAACAAGAACGAUGAAGCGGUUGAGGACUACUGGCAACGAUUGGAAAGUGUCGUAGUUUUGUGCGAAAAAGGAUUUCGGCUAAUUCCUGAGCUCUAUAAAGUGGAACGCCAUUGCGUAGCUGGUGAAAAAGCUAACAGAGGAUCACAGCCUAGAAUUCCAGCUGGUGCUACCCCUGCCGAACUGGAUCCUCUCAGCAGAAGGUUGUCAUCUCACGAAAAACGUCCUCCAUGUGAAGUUCAAGUGACCAUUUUGGCUAAAACUGGGGAGGUACAACGCGAACUACGAGCGAAUGGAAUCAACGUUCAGCGAAUCGACGAAAUCGAUCCUGUGUUCACUAUACUACCAGCUUCAUCGCUCGCUGAAUUCCACUCGAGGAUUGGGCAAUCGAAUAAGUUGCGUUUGAGUGGACGUCCGUCGGAUCGAGAUAUCGGUUUGUUGAGUACAAGUCGGCUAUAUCAAAUCGGACAAAAAUUCGUAAUAUUCACACCUCAGUUCAUGGACAGUCGUCGAUCUCAUUUAAUGUAUGAUAUUCGCAUUCUAAUGGAUGAGUGGAGCUCUGAGCUGCAGUACAUAUAUGCGUCUUGGAAUUCAGUCAGCAUCAGCGGGAGGCCGUUAGUGGUCCUGGUCAUCAAUAGUGACAUGCUCACCACGGAUGGUUUGUCGAACUUCUCCAACAUUUCUCUCAACCGAUUUAUGAAAUCUACUGUAAUAGGAACCAUCAAGAAAAUCAACACCGGAUAUCUUGGUGGAGCUAGAAUCGUCAUGAGGAAUCUGUCGGAUUUUUUCCGCACCACUGCUGUGAGUAAGUUGGAGUUCAACGACAACAGUGGGGAGUUCCUUCUAGACGAGCCUGAAACAAAGAUUCAGUUCGCCUUACCUAGUGACGUCAGUCUGGCUGAUAAGACCAGUUUUUCGUUAUCACCGAAACCCAGCUCGCUUCGACGUGGCGAGUCAGUGAGGGAUCGAAGCACUUACAACCUGGUACAUAAAGUAUCGAUGAGACAUCGAUCAAUCGCGCUCGACAGCAAUGAUAGCGGUUGGUUCAUAGUUAGUGUUAGUUAUGGUCUUUGCAUUUCAAAGCCCAUUUGCGAGAUAGUUUCGCAUGAGCACUGGCGCUAUCUGGUGAAGUUGCGACUCAAAUAUGCACCCAGGGACCCUCCAGAAAUACAGACAUAUGGUCCACCUACGGCACCAGUCGCAAUGUCAGAAACUAACGCGAGCAUAUCACGUAACAUGCUCAAAACUACCACUAGAAACGCCGACUCGACGUAA